CGCCGGGGUCUGCGCAUGCGCGCGAGGUCGCGGCAACUACGCCGGCAGUACCACCUCCUACGCGCCGUCUUUCUCCACGGUUACCCUAGCUCUCCACCCCUCCUUUCCGCGGCGCUCGAGGGAUCAUGGCCGAUCCUCGCGUGAGGCAGAUCAAGAUCAAAACCGGCGUGGUGAAGCGAUUGGUCAAAGAAAAAAUGAUGUAUGAAAAAGAAGCAAAACAGCAAGAAGAAAAAAUUGAAAAAAUGAAAGCUGAAGAUGGUGAAAAUUAUGCCAUUAAAAAGCAGGCAGAGAUCCUGCAAGAGUCCCGGAUGAUGAUCCCAGAUUGCCAGCGCAGGUUGGAAGCAGCAUAUACCGAUCUUCUGCAGUUAUUAGAGGGUGAAAAAGACUUGGAAGAAACUGAGGAAUAUAAGGAAGCACGUUUAGUAUUGGAUUCAGUGAAGUUAGAAGCCUGAAGUUUUUCUGUACAGGAUGUUUUUUGCAUUAAAUCCUGGGAUCCAUUCCACAAUUCAUUAUUUUUGACCACUGCUGUAUGUUCAAAUAGUAUGAGAAUGUGAUUCUUUUUAUGCAGUUGCAUAUAUUUUUCUUUGCCUAAUUUAACGUGUCAAAUAAAUGAGUUCGUCUAAAAUUGUUUAUUUCAUACUUUACAAAAUAUUUUUAAUUAACCUUUUAUCAUGAAAUCAUAGACAUUUUUGACAGAGAAUUAAAAUCUGUUAGGUUCUCUUUGAAGUCUAGGUAUUUUGCUUCAUAAGUGUGGAUUGAGUUAAAAAUAGGAUACCUUUAUUUUUAGAUAAAAAGCCAAAUUUUGAACAGUUUAUUCUGAAUAGGGUACAACUCCCUCAAAAGAAAGGAAGAACAUGUCUGUGCAUAAAGCCUCACAUACUUAUCCCUUUACAGUGAAAGUCUAACAUUUCCAUCACUGUUAACUAAUGGAAACAUUUAAAUCUCUUUCCAGAAAGAUAGAUUUAUACAAAAAACAUCAAUUAUUUAGAUCUCCAUGUAAGAUUCUUAUGAACAAAGAAUUGAAUUGUAUUUUAAAGGAAUAAUAAUGGUAUAUUGGCAAAUGUUUAACAGACAUUCAGAAUGGAAAGGGAGUCUCUUACCUCUGUGGUAUAGGUACUCCUGCUGUGACUAAUUUCAGGCUACCGACAUGACAUCAUUGAACACAAGGUUGGGAAGAUUUGAGCCAGCUCCAGCAUCCACUGUCAUAGCCAAACCUGGAUAAUCCUGACUGACUGGAAAAGAUUAUCAUUUUAUCACGAAGUAUUUUUCCAGUACAGUUGUAAACCAAUUAAUUACCUAAUCAUUUGAGUUUAUUUUCUUAAAAAUACAUGACAACUCAUUUAGUUUUCUCCUGUUUCUUGAAAAUGUGUAUAAACCUUUAUAUCAUCAGCCUACCCUGAGCAGUGAUGUAAUGAACUAAAAUACUAAUAAUAGCAUUUAAACUUUAAAAGCCAUAAUUGAAAAAAUAACAAAAUCUGAAUUUUUGCUGCUAUAAGAUACAUACUUGUAGGGUAAUUGGUUUGAUUUUGAAAGUCACCAAUGAUUACCAGAAACCAUAACAUCUAUUGAAUCUGUCAGAAAGAUCAGAGAAGAGAAAAAUAAUACUAUUCUUUCCUGCUGUUAUUUCUAAAGGGUAUGCUGUUGUAAAGCACAGAAUCCAUCAUUUUUUAAAUCUUUAUACAUGUAGAAAAUUACUUAAUAACAUAAAUCAGAAGCAUUUCUAAAUUGAAAUGUCAUCAUCUUAAAAUAUUACAUGCCAUUUUUAAAGUACAUGAGGUGGGGAGAGGAAGAGUAAGGAAAUAAAAACACAAUUACAAUGUAAAACUUUCUACUAAGGCUUUCUCUUAAUAUUAGAGAUUUGAGCAGGAGAAUUAAACCUCUAGAUUAUUUUGUGGUUGGUGUUAAGUCCCAAGAAUAGUUUGGCUUCUUGGUGGUGGGUGAGAUGGCAUAUUUAGUUUUCCAAGUAAGAUAGCAUUUAAAGAAAGUAUUUUACCAUUUUUUUAAGUGUAAAAAAUUUCAUUUCAACCUUCUGCCAAAUACAUAAAUAACAUAUAUUCAAAGCAAAAAAUAUUGGUCCCUCCAGAAAAAAGUAAUUCUGAAAGGGAAGUUUUAUAGCUACAACCCAAGUCUUGGUUGCUGAAAAAAAAUUAUUUUCUUGCCACAAAGCCUAGGAAGUAGAAAUUAACAAGGUAGAUGAAAA